AUGGCUUAUAGACAGCAGUUGAGUCCUGCUUCUUAUAGACAGCACUCUCGUACACUAACCGUAAUGGCAACCGCGAGGACACUCAUCGUUCCAAACGAUCUGCAAUCACCCGUGCAACGGCAGAUGGUCAUACGCAAUGUGACGAAGUACGAUUGGGUGAUCAAGGUCAAAUCGGAUGUUCCUCAAGCUAUUCGGUUUGAAACCGACAAAGCCGUCGUCGAUUCAAGAAAGUACGUUGUUCUCAAGACGGCGUUGAGCCUGAAAGACCUUCCCCAGCAACAAACUGCACCGAAAAUCUACGUUUUCGCCAGACCGCUGUUCAAUUACAACGAGAACUGUGUUCGUGUUUGGAUACAGAGAGAGCGUAAUGAGCUGGCUUGCCAAUUGGCCUACGUGGUUCAUCUAUUGGUCAAUGACAAAGUGUUUUCGGCGGAGAAGCUCGUUCUGGACUUGCCCGGCCAAGCUUCAGCCAUCGACGCGGUGCCGUUUGCUAUAGAGGAGGAUCUGGACAGCCGUUGUGAAACAGCGUUGAACAUCGACGAAGACACGAACACCGCCAACCAAAGGAUUGUAGGAGGCAAGGCAAAUGUAUUAGUAAAGUGGCGAACAAAAGGUCGUAUGUGCGAAGUAAAGGGUAAGGAAAGAAGUGAAUACCCUCCGAGGUAUGAAAAGAUUCAGAAGGGAAGGAGAAUAAAAAGGGUAAGCUCAAUCACUUAG